AUGUAUAGACUGGAUAGCCAUGGAUAUCCGGCUAAGAAACCCGGCUGUCGAGUCGAGGCUGAGCCCGUCCUUGACCGAGUAGAGAAUCAAUCAGACUCAGCGAGCGCUUUUUUCCGUGGUGAUCAGACCCUCAUUGUUGGAUUCAUCGUCAUGUGCGGACGUCACGAUCCACAAACUUUCUUUCUUUUGGAUAUAAAGAAGGGGAGUUUUACCAUCGACAACCAAUUCAAACGCUUACUUGCUAUUGAGCAUCUGGCGUUGCUAUAUGAUGGAUGGCUCGCGCGUACAAGAAAUGAACCUUUAGAAUGGGCAGUUUACAGCAACCGAUUCCACAACUAUGUCCAGUGGCAGGCUUUCAUUCAUGAACAACGUCUCCUAAACACAUGUCAAUGCCGGGGCUGGGUUGAGUCUGGCCAAAAGCUCCGCAAAAUCGAACGUGAAACUUGCAUCCCGGGAAUUUCACUUGCAUUGAUUCCCGAGCUACCACGGAUUCUACACCUCUGUAACGCUCAAUUCAAGAAGUUGAUCUCUAUUUUGAAAAAGGAAGGCAGUUAUCCUAAAAUUAAAGGAUUGAGGAUAGGAGCGUUGGCAUGGGCGGACAGUAAAACCGGGCACGAGCGAGGCAAAUGUGGAAUGAGUAGAGAAGGAUAA